GCGAGCUACCAUCCGCCACGCGCUCGUCGACCACAGUGUUGCCCGCUGGGAUCAAGAUCACAGAGGACCUCGCUCGUGCUAUGCCAUCAACAGCGACAUCAACGGAAGCGCCUACAAAGGGACCCCCCCGGCUACAGCGCGCCAGUGGGCAUGGAAGCUUUGCAGCGAUGAGGUGGCUUAUGUUUUUCGUCUUGCCGCAGGUUAGUAGUCGUAAACCUUGCCACUGUUUUAGGUCGAAUUAUGUUUGCCUAGUUGUGCUUCCAUGCCCCGGAGCUGUUAUUGAAUCUUUUAGAGCGUGUAUUGAAUCUUUCAGAGCUUUGUUGCUUUUGUUGUCUGGGGAUGUAGAGAAGAACCCAGGCCCUAUGAGCAAACAACAAGAGGAUGAAUUCCUUGCGCUUGUGCAGACGGUCGCGAAACUUCAGAGUAGCCUUGCUCUUCUGCAACAAGAAGUAAACCUACUAACACAAAAAAACAUAGAAAGCGAAAAAUCUGCUUCCGCUCUAGAAGAACGCGUUAUCAACCUAACAACUGAACUCGACUUACUAAAGCAGAAGGAAAUCGGUAACGUCACACCUACCGAACCUCAGCUUACUACAGCUCUAAACGAACUUUCGCAGCUGAAAACUCGUUGUGACGACGCGGAGGGCAGAUCCCGUCGUAACAACCUUCUAUUUUUUGACGUCACUGACACCGAUAGGGAAACGUGGGCCCAGUCCGAGGGCUUGGUAACCGGCCUGUGUUCCAGUAACCUAGGCGUGAAUAUCGAAUCAAGCAAAAUUGAAAGAGCGCACCGCUUGGGAGCGUUCAAUCCACAGAAAUGUCGCCCUAUAAUUGUGAAGUUUUCAUCAUUUAAGGAUAAAGAGGGCAUUCUUUCGUCGGCAUUUAAGCUCAAAGGAACACGUGUAGCCAUCAGUGAAGAUUUUCCCAUUUCUGUCCGACUUGCGCGCCGUCACCUUCUUGAUUUUGCCAAGCCUAAAGGCACGACUUACAAGCUGCGUCACGAUAAGCUGUUUUUAGAUAAUAAGUGUUAUGUAUAUGACGCCGCUCUUGGUGCCGUGAAGGAAAAAAGUGCAUAGCAAUGCCAGCGUUCAUUUCGUUUUUCGUCACCCAAUCAACCUGCAAAACGCCGUGAUAUCUGUAACAAACCUUCUUAUCAUUCUAUUUUAUUUACUAAUAUUAGAAGCUUGAUACCAAAAAGAGAUGAUGUGAUUUCCUUGGUUGAGGCAUGCAACGCAGAUUUCCUUGUGCUUACCGAGACGUGGCUAAGCCCCGA